GGCGAGCGAGCCGCCAACCCACACACUCAUCCACCCUAAUCCUCCCCACACACAAACCAGCCUAUCAUGACUGACGAGCCUCUCCGACGGGUCCUGGUCACCGGCGGUGCGGGCUACAUCGGCUCGCAUGUGGUCUAUACCCUCCAGGCGACUCGCCGCUACAAGGUCAUCUCGAUCGACAACCACCACAACUCUACCCCUAAAGCCCUCGUCCGCGUCGCCGAGCUUGCGCGCAGCAACCUCCCCGCAGAUGCCUCUGAGAAGGACAAGGACAGUGCGGAGAUCGACGCAUACUCUGCGGACCUCACCAAGCCCGAGGAGGUGCGCGCGGUGUUCGAGAAGUACGGCAAGGGCGGGAUCUGGGGUGUCGUUCACAUCGCGGUACGUCAUCCCCUGACCUACUAUGCCAACAACGUUGGUGCAACCAUCUCCCUGCUCCAGACCGCCUCAGACUUCGACUGCAAUCGCUUCGUAUACUCCUCCAGCGCGACCGUGUACGGCAUCCCUCCAGUCAUCCCCAUCCCGGAGACGACUCGCCUGCAGGCCCAGAGUCCGUACGGCAAGACGAAGGUCAUGAGCGAGACCGUCAUCGAGGACCUGUGCAGUUCCGACUUGAAGUGGCAGGCCCUCUCCCUUCGUUACUUCAACCCUGCCGGUGCACACCCAUCGGGCCUGAUUGGUGAGGACCCCAGAGGUCGCCCGGGCAAUCUCCUGCCCCUGCUCGCCCAGAUGGCCGUCGGCCGCGUCAAGGACAAGCUCCAGGUGUUCGGCAACGACUACCCCACACCCGACGGCACCUGCGUGCGCGACUACCUGCACGUCCUCGACCUCGCCAAGGGCCACUUGCUCGCGCUCGAUGCUCUCGCACCAGGCUCGACGGUGUUCGACAACUGCCCGUCGGAGGCGCGCUACAAGGCCGUGCUGCAGAUCGUAGAGGCCAUGCACAAGGCGACUGGGCACGCCUACGAGUACGAUAUCGUUGGCCGCAGGAAGGGCGAUGUGCCGGACCUUACGGCGGACCCGGCCCUCGCUGAGAAGGAGCUCGGGUUCACGGCGCCGCAGACCCUCGAGACCAUGUGCCGCGACCUGUGGAACUGGCAGACGAAGAACCCCACGGGCUACGACGUCGAGGGCCAGUAGGCCGCAGUCGACCCUCACGCCUUAUAUUGCUAGAAUGGGCGACGAGAAGUAAGACCCGGGUUUAGCUACUACUAAUGAUAAUCCUGGGCAACCUGUGACUAUAAAGCCAUGCUGGUGUGCAAACUAUCUAUUGGAUGGACAAGAAGGUGGAGCUCGCUUCGAUGAUGGGUACGUGGGAAUCGUAGAGCGAGAUCAAGAUCGUACUCGACGUCGACGUUGGCCG